AUGUCGCCUUCGUCCUCCUCGUCGGUGGCCAGAACGCACAGCACGACGCUGUCGGGGUCCCUGGACCCCGACAGCGUCGUGCUGUGCGUUCUGGCCACCGACGAGGAGGACGAAGGCGACAUCGCCCUGCAGAUCCACUUCACCCUCAUCCAGGCGUUCUGCUGCGACAACGACAUCCACAUCCUGCGCGUGUCCGGGAUGCAGCGCCUCGCCGCCAUCCUGGGCGGGGGCGAGCCCGAGCCGGGGGCCGAGCCGCGGGACCUGCACUGCCUCCUGGUCACGAACCCGCACACGGACGCCUGGAAGGGCCAGGGGCUGGCGGAGGUGGCGAGUUACUGCGCCGAGAGCCGCGACAGGAACCAGUGGGUGCCCUACGUGUGUCUGCAGGAGCGCUGAGCUCUUCCCGGCCCCUUCCCGGCCUGGACCUGAAGGAUUGAAAAAAAAAAACCCUUAAAAAAAAAAAAAGCCGACAUAAACCAGCAGGAUAAAAAAAGAAGGAGAAAACAGAGCCAGUUCCAACCCACAAACCCAAGAACCCACCGAUUUUAUUUUUCUUUUUGACCGGAGAGCAGAAGGAGGAGGAGGAGGAGGAGGAGGAGGAGGAGGAGGAAGGGGAGCGCGGCCGCAGCGGUGGGAAUGGAGGGGGAGCCGUGCCGAGCCUGGAUGGACACUGGCCAGGGCCUGGAGGGACACUGGCUGGAGCCCAGAGGGACAGUGGCCAGAGCUGCCGGCCGAGGAGUCGUGCUGGCCCAGGGGCCGGAGCUGGGGACCCCCAGAGCCCGGGGGGGGUGACCCCAGAGCUGGAGACUGUCAGGAUUUUUGGCAGCUGGGACCCGAUGGAGGCGAGGACUUGCAGAGGGGUGGAGUUUUUUUGUUGCGAAAACUUGCUUUUUUUUCCAAGGAAUUACCGACGUCUGCACAAGAUGGACCUGCACACCCCCCCCCGGGGGGUGCUGCUUUUGCACUUGGAGACCCUCGAGCUGAACCUUUUCCAGAGUUUAUUCUUAUACUGAGCGAGGAACUUAAAUUUAUUUGCAAUAAAAUAUCUGAAGUCA